CGGGCUGUGGGUCGGUGCGGACCUGCAGUCAUGGAGUCAGGCUAGGACCUGUCCUGCAGAGACGCGCCGGCCCGCCUUGUGUGUCGCGGGGUGAGGCUGCCAGGUGAUUCUACAGCGCGAUGCUGCUCUCCAUAGGGAUGCUCAUGCUGUCGGCCACCCAGGUGUACACCAUCUUGACCGUGCAGCUCUUCGCAUUCUUACACCUGCUGCCCGUCGAAGCAGACAUUCUAGCAUAUAAUUUUGAAAAUGUAUCUCAGACGUUUGAUGACCUUCCAGCAAGAUUUGGUUACAGACUUCCAGCUGAAGGUUUAAAGGGUUUUUUGAUAAACUCGAAGCCGGAGAACGCCUGUGAGCCGAUAGUGCCCCCCCCACUGAAGGACAACUCGUCCGGCACGUUCAUCGUGUUGAUCAGGAGACUCGACUGUAACUUCGAUGUAAAGGUUUUAAAUGCUCAGAGAGCAGGAUACAAAGCAGCCAUAGUUCACAAUGUUGACUCAGAUGAGCUCAUUAGCAUGGGAUCCAACGACAUUGGUGUGCUAAAGAAAAUUGAUAUACCAUCUGUCUUUAUUGGUGAAUCAUCAGCUAAUUCCCUGAAAGAUGAAUUCACAUAUGAAAGAGGGGGCCACAUUGUCUUAGUUCCAGAAUUCAGCCUUCCUCUGGAAUACUACCUGAUUCCCUUCCUCAUCAUAGUGGGCAUCUGUCUCAUCUUGAUAGUCAUUUUCAUGAUCACAAAAUUUUUCCAGGAUAGACAUAGAGCUAGAAGAAACAGACUUCAUAAAGAUCAACUUAAGAAACUCCCUAUACAUAAGUUCAAAAAAGGAGACGAAUACGACGUGUGCGCCAUCUGUCUGGAUGAGUACGAGGAUGGAGACAAGCUCCGACUCCUCCCCUGCUCCCAUGCUUACCAUUGCAAGUGUGUAGACCCUUGGCUAACUAAGACCAAAAAAACCUGUCCUGUCUGCAAGCAAAAAGUCGUUUCUUCUGAAGGUGACUCAGACUCGGACACAGACAGCAGCCAAGAAAACGAGGUGUCAGAACACACCCCUUUGCUCAGACCUUUGGCUUCUGUCAGCACCCAGUCGUUCGGGGCGCUGUCGGAAUCCCGCUCGCACCAGAACCUGACGGAGUCGUCCGACUACGAGGACGACGACAACGAGGACGCCGACAGCAGCGACGCCGAGGACGACGCGCGCACGCGCAGUGUGGUGGUCCAGCUGCAGCCCAGCGAGGACUACAGCGUCGCGAACACCGUCUGACCCACCGGGCGCGACGUCACUCCCCUGUAAAAUGUUUGUUCGGGUGUGCAAGUUGAUUUCUUUGCUCCCUUCACAGGUUUCUGUAGAAAUAACUUAUUUUUUAGCACUCUACAGUGUAAUCUCACUGAAAGCUUUCUGUCGAUCUAGAUUUAUCUGCAGGAGUGUACUUCACUUUGCGGGUGGUAGUCAGAGGCUGCUGUUCCUCCGCACCCAACCCCUUCCCUCCAGAAACAGCCAGACAGCUCAGGGUGCAGACCCGCGUGCACAGCCGGGUCAGCGCUGGGACUGGCUCCAGGCUCCUGGGUGGCUGAGGGGGUGUCCCUUCUGGUGCCACCACGGUGCCAGCGUCAGGCGACAGGCAUUUCCCUGCUGCACCGCCAAGUCAAAGCUGCCUUUUUCCUUUCUAUCCCCAAGUAGUCUUGUCCUGAAAGGAACAGUCUAGACUGGUGCAGAUUUCCACGUUUAAGGUGUUUUUUUUAAAAUCCUCACCG